AUGAGUGCGAUACACAGGAACAAAUGUUGGAAGUUAUUUAAGAGGCGUUGUCUUCUCCAUAAGCUGGAGUGUGGCCCGCCCACUAACACUCUCCUGACGAGGACAGAUGCCCUCAACUAUUACAAGGUCAUGUUUGGAAUGAGAGAAAUAGGAUACGAAGCACAGUCGUUAUAUGAAGACCGACACAUACGGGGAAUGCUGCAUUUGUGUGAAGGAAUGGAAGCUGUACGUGUAGGUGUAGAGGCAGCGAUAACUCCGCAGGACAUAUUGGUUGGUACAUACCGUAUACACGGCUGGGCGUACGCCCGGGGGAUAUCCGUGGAGAAGAUUCUCGGUGAAUUUGCAGGGAGAUCUUCUGGUUGCUGUAAGGGAAAAGGUGGAGCAAUGCAUAUGUACUCCGAGAACAUGUACGGUGGAAAUGGACUGAUUGGAGCUUCGGUUCCCCUUGGAACUGGAGUGGGGUUCGCCAUGAAAUAUAACGAGAAGUCCAAUGUAUCUCUGUCUGUGUUUGGGGAGGGUGCAGCCAACCAAGGCCAGCAUUUCGAGGCUUUCAAUAUGGCGAAGCUUUGGAACCUUCCUUGCAUCUAUUUAUGUGAAAAUAAUUUUUACAGUGUCUCGACCACACCGGAAAUGGCCGCAGCCUGCACAGACUACUAUACCAGAGGAGACUACCUCCCAGGAUUACAAGUAAAUUGUAACACCCCACCCAGUCUGAAUAUUGUAACAUACCGAAUAAUCUGGUGGUAA